AUGGCACAAUCCACACCUCGGUUUACAGAAAACCCACAGACAGGUGCAGUUACCUACACAGCUCCAGCUUCCACCCCUCUCAUACUAAACAGGGCAUCAUCUACAGCCAAGCCACUAGGUACCAUCGCAUAUGCUCUGAUCCUAAUGACUGUAAUUCCCAUCUAAAUGUACUCUCCCAAUCUAUGAGACAGAAAGGCUACAAACCAAAGACUAUUACCAAACAAAUCAACUCUGCUGUAAAAACGCCACGUACGCGCCUGCUACAAUACAGAGAGAAAAAAAUAUGCACACGAGUGCCACUUGUGGUCACCUACAACCCUGCUCUUGAGGAAAUACGGAAAAUCAUCAAAGACCUACAACCAAUAUUAACAGAAGAUGAGACUCUGAAAAACAUUUUCCCUGAAACACCCAUUUUAGCCUUCAGACAAUCACCAAACCUCCAACAAAAAUUAAUCAACAGGAGGCUGCCCACUGAUGGUAAGAACGAAGAAAACGGGACCAGUCAAUGCAAAAAACCUCGCUGCAAACUGUGUCAGCACAUAUGCACAGACAACACAGCCACACACAACAAUAA